AUGGCAUCUACUCAAGCUAAGCAACUUAAAGUCCUGAUCUUAGACUGUGGACAGGAAACAUUCGUUUCUAAGGGCAACCUCAAUCAUAAGAUGACCGACAUAGCGAGAGAGUUCUUUGAGUCACAUGGUGGCGAAGUUAAAGUUACUAAAGUAUACGAGCCAUAUGACAAUCAAGGUGAACUUGACAAGAUUGUCUGGUCAGAUGUCUUGAUCAUUCAGACACCUGCAUGGUGGAUGGGCAUUCCGUGGUUCUUGAAGAAAUAUUUCGAUGAAGUUUUUGCGUUAAGUUAUGAAAUCCUUCUUCAGAAUGAUGGAAGAACUCGCAAAGAUCCAUCGAAGAAGUAUGGCAGUGGUGGACUUGCUCAAUCUAAGCGCUUUAUGAUUUCUUCCACAUGGAAUGCACCAGAAGAGGCAUUCACGGAUCCAAACCAGCUCUUCGAAGGACAGGGAAUAGAUACAGUGAUGAUGCCUGUUACUAAGGAGUUCGAGUUCAUGGGAUUCAGAAAAGUUCCAUGCUUCACGAUGUACGAUGUUGUCAAGAAUCUGAAUGCUGAAAAAUCUUUCAGUGACUAUCGCAAACAUCUAGAUUCGAAUUUUCCAUAA